AAACUCGAGAAUUUAAUUUUUAUAGGUAGAUCUUCUCAUUCUGUUAUUCAUAUAGCUUCGAUUAGAUGUUCGUGAAUCUUUAUUUAAACAUUUGAUUCGUUUCAAUUUACCUAAUUAAUUUAUUAAUCAUCAAACGUUACCAAAAUGCUGAUGGCGUUAAACCGUCAUAUGUUACAUAAUAGUCUUUUGAAGUUUCAACAACAUAUAGCAACUUCCAGCAAUGCAUUAAAAGUUGUUGCUUCAAAUGCGGUGGCUAAUAACAAUGGACUCGCCCAAACAGUUAAAAGGUCUAGUUCAUUUCAACAACAAUCGUCAUCUUCAGACAGUGAAGAUGACACUUUAAAAAACAACCCUUAUUACACAGCUUAUGCCGAGAAAUUGCGAGAUCUUAAAAAAAAAAAUGCUACUGCCUACCGAGAAGCAUUACGGCGCUUACGUGAAAAACAACAAGAGACUGUUAAUUCUGUUGAUGCAGCAGUUGUAAAUACUACAGAAACAGUGUCUGACAAAAAUGACAGUACUGAAACUAAACCACAAGCAAAACCAAAACGAAGACCAUCCCAGACACUACUAAUUAAACCAAAAACUUUAGAACAAGUUAUGAACAUAGAAUUGUUACGAGAUAAAUCAUGGCGAGAUGUAUCUGAAAUAUGGUUGGCAUACCAUAGGACCCGUGAUGAAACUCUGAGUGCAGUUAUUCCUUUAAAUCAAUUUGAAAAAUUUUAUAAUCAGUCUAUUAAAUACCCCAUGUUCAUAUUACCACUUCCACGCAACACUAGUGGUUACGAGUUCAUAUUUGCCCAGUUCCAGCACUAUCAAGAACAUUCAACAUCAAAUUGCACAGUUCACUUGACACCAUUGAUUAGUUAUCAGACAUACAACGAAAACGCACCAGAAUGUAUGACUGUUGAAUAUUAUACUGACCUUUGCAACAGUGACAAAGCUAUCGAAAACAAUGGAACCGAUAAUGAAUCGUGUGUUUUGAUGAGAUCUACAUACGAUGGAAAACUAUUGUCUGCCGCUGAAGCAGCUUGCCUUGUUAACCAGUUGCGUAUAUUUUACGGAGUAGAUUCUGGAGUUGAGGACAAAGAAAAACUUUUAAAAUCAUUCAACGAAGGAGAUGUAACAUUCAAACACUCGGACGUCAUUGCUCUAGUAGAAACCUUGAGCAUUUCAUAAUUUAAGUAAAUUAAUAAGAGUGGAGCAAGUGUUUUUCAAAGAUAGGUUUUUUUUUUUUUAUAUAAUUCUAUAGUAGGUGUACAACUAAUACGUGUGUUUAAAAUAAAUACUACUUAGCAAUAAUAAUAA